AUGUCCCCCCCGGCCUCGGCGGCCGCCGCCAGCGAGGGAGGCAGCAGCACGCCGGUGCCUCCGGAGGAGGAGGCGGAGGGGGCCCGAGAGGAGCAGCGGCCAGUGAAGCAGUCCUUCAGCAAGUCCCUGUGCCGAGAGUCCCACUGGAAAUGCCUGCUGCUGUCCCUCCUCAUGUACGGCUGCAUGGGAGCCAUGACCUGGUGCCAUGUCACCAAGGUGACCCGGCUGACCUUUGACAGCGCUUACAAGGGCAAGUCCAUGAUGUACCAUGACAGCCCCUGUUCCAAUGGCUACGUCUACAUCCCCUUGGCCUUCCUGGUGAUGCUCUACGUGGUGUACCUGGUGGAGUGCUGGCACUGCUACACCCGCAAUGAGCUGCAGUACAAAGUGGACGUGGAGAGUGUGCACGAGCGCGUGCAGCGCAUGCAGCAGGCAACCCCCUGCAUCUGGUGGAAGGCCAUCAGCUACCACUACGUACGCAGGACCCGGCAGGUUACCCGCUACCGCAACGGGGAUGCCUACACCACCACCCAAGUGUAUCACGAGCGGGUCAACACCCACGUGGCAGAGGCCGAGUUUGAUUAUUCCAAUUGUGGAGUUAAGGACAUCUCCAAGGACCUCAUUGACUUGGAGAGCUACCCGGCCACACGGCUCCGCUUCACCAAGUGUUUCAGCUUUGCCAACGUGGAGUCGGAGAACUCCUAUCUGACCCAGCGGGCCCGCUUCUUCACAGAGAAUGAGGGCCUAGAUGACUACAUGGAGGCCAGGGAGGGUAUGCACCUCAAAAACGUGGACUUCAAAGAAUACAUGGUGGCCUUUUCCGACCCAGACAACCUGCCUUGGUACGUAUCCCACUAUGUCUUCUGGGUGGCGGCUCUGCUGACCCUAUCCUGGCCCCUGCGGGUGCUAAAUGAGUACCGCACCUCCUACGUCCAUUACCACGUGGAGAAACUCUUUGGAUUCGACUACGUGGCGGUGACGCCGGCCGAGGAGCGCUCCUUCUGCCGCAGGAUGCCCCGCGUCAACACGGUGGACAGCACCGAGCUGGAGUGGCACAUCCGAUCCAACCAGCAGCUGGUGCCCAGCUACUCAGAAGCGGUCCUGAUGGACUUGGUGGGGCUUUCCGGUUGCACCAGCUACUCCGCUUGCCGGUACGGGGGCUACCGGCAGAACUGUGAGCGGUGCCACAGGACUAUAAGCAGCUCCUCCAUCUUCUCCCGCAGUGCUCUGAGCAUCUGCAACGGCAGCCCCAGGAUCCCCUUCAGCAGCAGCCGUUUCUCCCUGGGCCGCCUGUACGGCUCGCGACGCAGCUGCCUCUGGCAGAGCCGGAGCGGGAGCCUGAAUGAGCAGAGCUGUCCCACCGAGCAGACCCGCCUCUCCAGCCAGGUGACUGUGGAGGAGGAAGACCCCCCUCCUUACCAGGAUGCCCUCUACUUCCCCAUCCUCAUCGUGCACCGCAAUGAAGGCUGCCUGAACCACGACCACCGUCACCUCCACCGGAACGGGUCCUGCGUGGAGACCUCACUGUGAAAGCAGAGGGCGGUGAGAUCUUGUUGCCUGUUGCCUGGCCCGAGCCAGCACAGGAUUUGGGGAGAGG